CUUUUUUUUUUUUUUUUUUUUUUUAUACUGUGAUUUUACUGUGUAACUUUUUAAUUAAAUUUUAUUUAAAUAUAAAUUAUAUAUAGUGUUUGUGUGCUGCAAAAGCUCACCGUUAUUCUAUACUCUGUAAAUAAUGCACAUUCAGGCACACGUUUAAAAGAAAACAACAACAGUAAUAAGCACCUGCUGAAUAAUCUGGAUACAAGUAAAUGCUGUAAGAGGUGAUUUGAUACUGUCAGUAUCUGCUGUGUUAUAUUCAGGUGUAACACCUUAUAUGUAUUUUCAAGCUGGAAAUCGGUGCUAUAUUGAAGUGGUGCAUUAUUAGGCAUUGAAUAAUGUUUUGCACUACAAUCCCCGUGAUGUUAUUUGUCAUUUUGUAAGUCCUGCACAGAUGCACUUCUGUAUGUCUUGAGGAUUUUGCUGUGUAUCGUUGUUUAAGCUUCCCAAGGGACUAAUGUGUGUGUGUGUGACUUCCCCUGGUUGCAAAUUGUACAGAGAAAUAUCUGCGUGAGAGACUUGAGCGGUUUUCAUGUCUGUGUGGGAGGAAACCGGGCGCAGGUCUCUUUGUGUGAGUGAUUUUGGAUCACCGCACAUGAUAUCCAUGGAGCCGGCGGGUGUAGGGUUGCGAGUUAACUAAUUUUAAUCCAAACACGUGAAACCAUACACGAUCCUGAUGUAAGCGCAGCCGGGGCUCAAGCGGGGGUCACUGUAGGUUUUGUUGCCUUUGGCCACAACUGCUUUGGAUUUUGGGACGGGGCUUGCCCGCUCUCUCGCUCAUUCUCACUAAGCAGAUGUUUGUCUGAGCUGCACAGAAGAAAUAAGAGCAACACUGCAAGAACUGGAGGGGAAAAAAGACCUCAUAGUAAUGAGAAAACAGUCAAACAAUACGCAUGGAUUUGGUGUGAUCUCAGGGGGAAUAGAAACUGAUGUGGUUUUUUGAUGUAAUCAGGCUCCAAAAUGUUCCGAUUGCACACCCAGUGCACGCGAUUUAUCAGUUUAAGCUCAAGAAAAUGGUGAAAAAUAAGAUCCCUGCCCAGCUUCUAUAAACACACACAGACACACACACAAACAUACAGUUGCAGUUUUAUGGGCAGGCCUGUUUGCGGAUUGAGUGACGGAGUAGUGGACGUAACGGAUAUGCCAUUCUGCAAGAAUCCCCCUGUUCUCAUGCAUACGGGCUGUUUUUGAGAGAAAGAGUGAAACACGAGAAGGGCUGAAGAGUCAGGUAACACAGAGAGCGAGAGAGAAGAAAGAGAGCGAGCGAGCAGAGAGUGAACCAGUGUUCUCCUGCGACUGUUUGUUUUGGUUGUGAGCGCUCAGGGAGAGAUGAGUGAAGUGAGAGCUUUAAAAGCAACCAGAGGAGUGGAAAGGAAGGAAGAGGGGGAAAAGGGAUGGAAUUGGAUCCUUAAGGGAAAAUGGAGAAGAUGAGAAGGAGAACUGGAGGAGUAGGGGACAUGAGGCAAAGAAGAGCUUUGCUGAGAGCACGAUGAAUGAAUUGCUGGGCUGGUACGGAUAUGAUAAAGUUGACCUGCAAGACUCGGAGGCCGCUGACAUCAGGAGUCACAACGGCAGAGCAAGACGCCACCAAGUAUCUGUGCUUAAAGAGAAUUCAGAACCAAAGCCUACUGUAAUGGAGAGUAAGCUGACAUCUGGCUCCUCUGCGUCGGCUAAAAACGGAGUGAAAGAAUCUACUGGCUUUCCCCUCUCUCCUUCAUCAUCCUCAUUCUCCCCACACGUGAAGGAGCUGCACGGCACCCAUGUCGUGGUGCCGCUGAUCAAACCAUCUGCAGUGGAUGAGCAGCAGAAUGUUCAGAUUGUGUGUGUAUGGUGUCAGAAGGAGGGGCUUAAACGCUACUCUCUUGUCAUGGGCUCUGAACUCAAGAGCUUCUGCAGCGAGAAAUGUUUUGCCAUGUGCCGGCGAGCCUACUUUAAACGCAAUAAGGCUCAAAAUGAAAAUCGGCAUGGUGAUCAGUCUUCUCCUCCUCCUGGUCAAACGGAGGAAACAACUCCUCAGCUCAUGCUUAAGAUGAACAGCAACACACGAGUAUGUGAUUGGUGCAAACACGUGCGUCACACCAAGUACCUAGACUUAGGUGCAGGUGAUGACAGACUGCAGUUCUGCAGUACCAAGUGCCUUAACCAGUAUAAAAUGGACAUUUUCUACCGAGAGGCCCGGGCUGCACUUACGACAUCUGGCUCUAGUCCGAGCCAAUCAGAAAACGAGAAUCGUCCAGCCGGAGAGAGUGAGACUCUGCUGACACCAGAAUCAUGGAACAACCCUUCUCUGGAGGGAGACAGAAAAGAAACAGUGUCCCCCAAAGUUUCGACACCUGUGUCAUCUUCCUCUUCAUCAUCAUCCUCAGUUAGAGCAUCUGUCUUGGCUCAGCAGAAGGAAAGAGAGAGCUCUGCUUCUUCUCAGCUCCAGACUGGCAUUCCAAUGCCGUCUACUCCUCCACCGCAUGUGGUUGUAGAGCAACCAUGGGUGAUACAGAAGCCCCCAUCCUUUAACCGGGCACCUAUCCAUGCACAGCCCAGAAACCCAGGCUCCAGCCCACACCAGAGACCCUCACACACAUCUCCGCAGGUGCACACACCCUCGAUUCGCCCAGUUCCUCCACCACAGCUCUUACACCCUUAUCUGGCAUCGAUGAUGCCCUGUGCACCCACCUACCCUCACCCCUUUCCAUCACUCAUGCCAACUCUGGGUCUGCCAUGUCCACAACCGACUGUCCUGGUGCCAUAUCCAAUUAUAAUUCCUCUCCCUGUUCCUGUGCCAAUUCCCAUACCAAUACCAAUGAACUCUGGGGCUUUGGGACAUGCUGGGGUUAUUCGUAACCACAAGGAGAAAGACAAGACAGGACGAGGUGCAGCUUCAGUCACCCCUGAAGAUGUACCUAAAGAGUGGAUGUCAGAAGAUCAGGGGAUUCCCGUUGGCGUCUUAGUUGAGCACAAAGUAAAGACAGAGCAGUCCCCAUCUCCAGACCCGUAUUCUCCUGCUUUCUCGUCACACACUUUCCCAAUCUUAUCUGCUCAUCCACAAGUCAGUCCUACUCCUCCCUUGCCAGAAGAUCAUAGACAAGAAGUUAGGGAGCGACAGGUGAUACAGAGAGCAAUGUGCAGAGUGAAGCAGGAAGGUGAAACAGAGUUCGACCUCAAUAAACAGGCGGAGGUUGAAGGAGAGUGUAGAUGGGGCAGGAAUGGAGAUGAAGAUGAUCCGAUUGCACAACACAUGUCCGCUAAAUCUCACACAGGCACUUUAAAGCACACAUCGAGUUUAGCCCCUGAAAAUGCAUCUUCCCCAGUGGACUUGCCAAAUGCACGUGCUUCAAUCAUUCUACAGCAAGCACUCAACACAACAUCCGUAGUUACUCCCACAGCAUCUAUCAUAUUGAACAGUACGGUUGCCACUUCCAACUCAGUUCACUCCGUUUACUCCUCAACAUGUGUAGCUACAGUUCAGUCCGACCCAGAACAAAGAACAAGCUCUGGCCAAAAUUCAUCCCCACUUCCUGAAUCUGAGGAUGUGAAAGAGAAUGUCUCAGGAGGGCAUGAACCUGGCUUAAACUGUUCCCGUCCAGCAGAGCAAACAGACUGCCAAACAGACCAAUCAGAGGAGAGCAGGGGGGGAGUUGUAGACAGUGAUGCUCCCGCAGCUGACGAGCACGCUUAUGCACGAUCCAUCCCGCCGAAAUUACGAGAAAAAAAUGCACACACCAUCACUCUGACAACUGCGCACACACUUUCUCACAUGGUUACACAUAGCUGGGACAAGAGCUCACACAUGCAUUCGCCCGCUUUCGAGCAAAGUGGCGUGCAUACUGAAAUAGAGCCGGCUUUGAAGCGGAGAUGCCUGAGGAUCAGAGACCAGAACAAAUGAAGCACAGAUCAUUCGUGGAAUGAACUUCCUUUUUGUGUAUCAGAAGUCAGAUACAGAAUGCAGGCCUUUCCCUUGGUGCUGGAACUGAACAGGGAAACUGAGACGAGUUGAAUGAGAACUUUACUGACUGAUAAAUUACUGAUGCAUCCAGAUGUUUGUGCCGACCACUGCUAUGGGAUAUCUUCAUACCUGCGGCCUAAGGUAUGAAUUCUCAGCACAGGCUUGCUGACAGCCAUUUCCCCUCCAGUGGUGGUGUAUACAGAAGAGAGGAUCAGUGGUGUGUGUGUUCCAUAUAGACAUUUCAGCUGUAUGUUUGUUUUUGGCCUAUUGUCUACAGAAGCUGUUCCUAUUUACCAAUGUGUAACGUUUAUGUUCAACCUGCCUUCACAUACAUGCGCAUUUAUAUACAGUGUAUGGAGUCCACACGUAAUUGCACAAUGAUUCUAAGUUUAUUAUGUAGAAGGUCGGCUUUAAUUUAAGAUUAUUUACACCUACAUUAGAUCAAUCAUAAAGCAACCACAGCCCUUUGCCUAUGACCCUAUAGACAUCACCGGGUGCUGGAUAUCUUCCCUGUCUGACAUGUAAAGCUGACAUUCUACACUUUUACAUCAUAAUCAUUGUUUCAUUUUAUAGCCAAUGUGCUGCAGUACAGAGCCAAAAAAAAAAAAAAAGUUCAAGCAUUUACAGACUGCACUCUAUUAAUGGACACGUGCCACUUUCAUUAAUCUGCCAUGUUCAUUUUGAGUAUAGAAUUUGUUUUAUUUGAAUAAAAUGUUUACUUGUACAUUGUACUAAGCA